CCAACACGUAGCAUUUCACAUUUCAGAGUGUUCCCACAAGCAAAAACGUUUAAGGCCAUUGUUCCACUCUCAACUGUCUCUCAUAUAAAUGCGUAGCAACCUUUUGCGCCCUACUUUGAACAUAUCCCAUCGUAGCCUCGCUUUUCUGCACCUGCCCUCACCCAAAUCUUUCCCCGCGAACCUUCCGAUUUCCUCUUCCGUCAUGGCCUACCGCCCCAACUACCAAGGCGGCGGCCGCAGGGGAGGAUCCUCCGCCGCCGGUCGAGGAGGCGGCCGUCGUGGAGGUGGUGGAGGACGUGGCGGACGCGGCGAGCAAAGGUGGUGGGACCCUGUUUGGCGCGCCGAGCGCCUCAGACAACAACAAGCCGAGAAGGAGGUGCUAGAUGAGAAUGAGUGGUUGGAUAAGAUAGAAAAGAUGAAACGAGGAGGGGAGCAGGAGAUGGUGAUUAAGCGUAACUUUAGUAUUGCAGAUCAGAAAACCCUAGCUGAUAUGGCCUAUCAGCAUGAACUCUACUUCCAUGCUUACAGUAAAGGGAAGAUUCUCGUUGUUAGCAAAGUUCCAUUGCCUGAUUAUCGUGCAGAUCUUGAUGAUCGUCAUGGAUCAACACAGAAAGAGAUUAGAAUGUCCACUGACAUUGAGAGGAAAGUAGGAAACCUUUUGAAUAGUUCACAUUCAAUGGGGGCAGCGCCAUCUAGUCUGCAUUCUGUGUCAGCUGACCUUGGACAUAAACAAUCUGCAAUCACAAUAAAAACCGUUUCUUCACAACAUACUGAUUCUUUUAAGGAGAAACUUAGUGUUGCGCUCAAAGAAAAGCAAGAACUUGCACAGGCAAGUGAUAGCUUGAAGGAAAUGAAAUCAUUUAGGGAGAUGCUUCCUGCAUUUAAAAUGAAGUCUGAGUUUCUAAAAGCCGUUCAAGAAAAUCAGGUAUUAGUAGUUUCAGGAGAGACAGGUUGUGGUAAAACAACACAGUUGCCACAAUUCAUUCUGGAAGAAGAAAUAUCGUGUUUGCGUGGAGCUGAUUGCAACAUAAUUUGCACUCAGCCUCGUCGGGUAUCUGCUAUUUCUGUCGCAACUCGAAUAUCUUCUGAGAGAGGUGAGAGUAUUGGGGAAACAAUUGGAUAUCAAAUCCGUCUUGAAUCAAAACGUUCUGCAGAUACACGCCUGCUUUUCUGCACCACUGGUGUUUUACUUAGGCAGUUGGUACAAGACCCAGACUUGAAAGGUGUUAGUCAUUUGCUGGUGGAUGAAAUUCAUGAAAGAGGCAUGAAUGAAGACUUUUUAAUUAUAAUUUUACGUGACCUUCUUCCACGACGUCCAGAUUUGCGUCUCAUUUUGAUGAGUGCCACUAUUAAUGCUGAUUUGUUCUCUAAAUACUUUGCAAAUGCCCCAACAAUACACAUACCGGGAUUUACUUAUCCUGUGGCAGAGUACUUCUUAGAAGAUGUGUUGGAGAAAUCUCGAUACAGCAUCAAGUCAGAUUUUGACAAUUAUGAGGGGAAUUCAAGGAGGAGAAGCAAACAACAGGAUUCAAAGAAGGAUCCCUUGACUGAAAUGUUUGAGGAUAUAGAUGUUGAUACUAAUUACAAAAAUUACAGCUUGGGUGUAAGAAAAUCUCUUGAAGCUUGGUCGGGUGUGCAGAUUGAUUUGGGAUUGGUACGUGUUUUCACUUUAUUUUGUCAGAUCAAUCUGUGUUUUAUGAAUUUAAUUUAUCAGCUGUUGGCUAAAUCUCUUUCAUUUUUCUCUUUUAGUGUUAGAAACUAUGUGUGAAUUUAUCUGGUCAAGAGGUAUCAGAUGUUUGAAUUUUUUUGCUGCAGAUGGUGUAAAAGUCUUUUGAAACAAUAAGUGGUUGGGAGAACUGUGUUGUAUGCUUCAUCUUAUAUAUACAACGAGUUCAUCUUAUGUGUAAUUAUUUCAACAAUUGUGUUGUAUCAGCUUGGAUGACUAACUUUAGGGAUAAUUUACAGCUAUAAAC